AUGGCGGCGACGAGCUCGCCGGCUAACCCAGCGCCGGUGGGUGAAGAUAAACCCCCUGACCCGGUAGCGGGGAACAGGCGACCGCCUGAAGUCUCCUCGUCGUCGGACGGUAAGAAGGAGAAGGAGGCGCAGCAUCCGCGGAAGAGAGUUCGGCCCAUCGGAAGUUUGGAGGAAUCGACGAUGAAGGAAGCCGUCUUCGUGGAAGACAUCACGGAGGCGGAGAUGGAGGAUCUCCCAGACCUUCCAAUAGAAUUUUUUAACCCGGAGGCCGUUCUACGUACUGCGAAGUAUGUGGGCAAACCCAUCCGCUUGGAUCGAGCAACGGAAUUGGGUGCGAGAGGAGGUUUCGCCCUAGCUUGUGUUGAAGUAGACCUUACUAAACCUCUCUUGUCCCACUUUAAGAUCGAGGGGAUUGAAUACGAUAUCAAGUAUGAAGGACUAGAGAACAUUUGCUUUCACUGUGGAACAUAUGACCACCUCAUACAGCAGUGCUCUGCCCUUCAUGGGGAGGAGGCCACUCAAGCGAGCCAGAAAGAAACUCAAUCUACUCAGCCAGGACAUGCGGAGACGUAUGGAGAAUGGAUGGUUGCACGAAGGCGAGAUAGGAGACAAGGGAGACAGAGUUCCGGGGGAAGGAAUAACGAACGAGGGACCCAAAACAGGAGUUAUGAUCGCCAUACUAAUAAUGGGUCCUGCUUCGCCGUACUAGUUGAGGAAGGAGGAGACAAUCAAGUAGACUUGGCGGAGGAUACCCAGAGACAACAGCCUAAGCAAAAUCAUAUAGCUACGAAAAAAGUUCCUGAAGCCUCGAGAGGACAUGCCACUCGGCAAGUAACACAACAAUGGGUCCCGAAACAAACUGUGAACAAGGAUAAUUAUACUCCUGAGGGCCAAUCGAGUGGGGAAGCAUCGCUGGAAAUUACAGGUGGUGGCGAAAAGACUCUUAAUAGAGGAACAGUGGAUGAUAAGCCGGUUGAGGAGGAUGGAAUGAUCCCGUUAAGCCAAUCCACUCCACCUAACGUGAGCGAGCAGGACAUGGCAAGACGAAAUAACCCGACCAGUGUGGAAACAACGCUACCCAAUCCUCCGGGACUCCCCCCGGAUGGGAACCCUCUCACAAAUGCGGUUGGGAUGGGACAUGAUAGUGGGGCUGUUACAGAA